AUGGAGUUUGGGGCGAAAAAAGAGACAGUGGCUCCCCUUGAGCAGCUUCCAAGACCAGAACCUAAAAGAAGGCCUAAAUCCAGUAAGCUAAGAAAGGCCAAGUGGAAACAGAAGGACUUGGAGGAGCUGAAGAAGGAGGUGGUCAUGGAUGAUCACAAAUUAACCUUGGAGGAGCUGAGUGCCAAGUAUGCCGUGGACCUGACAAAGGGCCACAGUCCCCGAAAGGCAGAGGAACUCCUGAUUCGAGAUGGACCCAACAUUCUAACUCCACCCCCCACCACUCCAAAAUGGGUCAAAUUCUGUAAACAACUUUUCGGGGGCUUCUCCCUCCUGCUGUGGACAGGCGCCAUCCUCUGCUUCGUGGCCUUUGGCAUCCAGUCGUAUUUCUAUGAUGACUUUACCAAAGACAACCUGUACCUCGGCUUUGUGCUCUCCAUCGUGGUCGUCAUCACCGGCUGCUUCUCCUACUAUCAGGAGGCCAAGAGUGCCAAGAUCAUGGAAUCAUUUAAGAACAUGGUGCCACAGCAAGCGCUGGUCAUCCGAAGUGGAGAGAGGAUACAGAUUAACGUGCAAAAUGUGGUGCUGGGAGACCUGGUGGAAGUGAGGGGAGGGGAUCGAAUCCCCGCUGACCUCCGGAUCAUCUCUGCACAAGGAUGUAAGGUGGACAACUCGUCCUUGACUGGGGAGUCAGAGCCCCAAUUUCGCUCUCCUGAUUUCUCCCACGAGAACCCACUGGAGUCUCGGAACAUUUGCUUCUUCUCCACCAACUGUGUGGAAGGAACAGCCCGGGGUGUUGUGAUCGCUACAGGAGACUCCACGGUGAUGGGCCGAAUUGCCUCCCUGACAUCAGGCCUGAAGGUCGGCCGGACCCCCAUCGCUGUUGAAAUUGAGCACUUCAUCCAUCUGAUCACAAUGGUGGCGGUCUUCCUUGGCAUCAUUUUUUUUGGGCUCUCAUUUGCCUUGGGCUACGGCUGGCUGGAGGCUGUCAUUUUUCUUAUUGGCAUCAUUGUGGCCAAUGUGCCUGAGGGUCUGUUGGCCACGGUCACUGUGUGCCUGACCCUGACAGCCAAACGCAUGGCGUGGAAGAACUGCCUGGUGAAGAACCUGGAGGCGGUGGAGACGCUGGGCUCCACAUCUGCCAUCUGCUCAGACAAGACGGGCACCCUCACCCAGAACCGCAUGACCGUGGCCCACUUGUGGUUCGAUAAGACCGUGCAUGAGGUUGACACCAGUGAAGACCAGACUGGGAAAACAUUUGCCAAGGACUCGGACACCUGGUUGAUCCUGGCACACAUUGCUGGCCUCUGCAACCGGGCUGACUUCAAAGCUCAUCAGGAGACCCUGCCCAUCGCCAAGAGGAUAACAACAGGUGAUGCUUCUGAGUCGGCCCUCCUCAAGUUCGUUGAGCAGUCUUACAGCUCUGUGGCGGAGAUGAGAGAGAGAAGUCCCAAGGUGGCCGAGAUUCCCUUUAAUUCCACCAACAAGUACCAGGUGUCCAUCCAUCUUCUGGAGAACAGCGCGCAGCCCUACGUGCUGAUGAUGAAGGGUGCUCCUGAGAGAAUCUUGGAGUUCUGUUCUACCUUCCUUCUGAAUGGUCAGGAGCACCCAAUGGACGACGAGAUGAAGGAAGCCUUCCAGAAUGCCUACCUAAAGCUGGGCGGCCUGGGGGAGCGAGUGCUUGGGUUCUGCUUCCUGAAUCUGCCCAGCAGCUUCAACAAGGGAUUCCCUUUCAACACAGAUGAAAUAAACUUUCCCAUGGACAGCCUCUGCUUCGUGGGCCUGAUAUCCAUGAUUGACCCCCCUCGAGCCGCGGUGCCUGAUGCUGUGAACAAGUGUCGUAGUGCAGGGAUUAAGGUGAUCAUGGUAACAGGAGAUCAUCCCAUUACAGCCAAGGCCAUUGCCAAAGGUGUAGGCAUCAUCUCAGAAGGCAUCGAGCCAGCAGAGGACAUUGCUGCCCAGCUUAAGAACCCUGUCAGCACAGUCAAUACCAGGGCUGCCAAAGCCAUCGUGGUGCAUGGUUCAGAGCUGAAGAACAUAAACUCACAGCAACUGGACCAGAUCCUCCAAAAUCACACUGAGAUUGUGUUUGCUCGGACCUCCCCUCAGCAGAAGCUGCUCAUUGUAGAGGGAUGCCAGAGGCUGGGAGCCAUCGUGGCUGUGACGGGCGACGGGGUGAACGACUCACCUGCACUGAAGAAGGCCGACAUCGGCAUUGCCAUGGGCAUUACCGGCUCUGACGUCUCUAAGCAGGCAGCCGACAUGAUCCUGCUGGACGACAACUUCGCUUCCAUUGUCACGGGGGUGGAAGAGGGCCGCCUCAUCUUUGACAACCUGAAGAAGUCCAUUGCUUACACCCUGACCAGCAACAUUCCUGAGAUCACCCCCUUCCUGAUGUUCAUCAUUCUCGGUAUCCCUCUGCCUCUGGGCACCAUAACCAUCCUCUGUAUUGAUCUGGGCACUGACAUGAUCCCUGCUAUCUCCUUGGCUUAUGAGUCACCUGAAAGCGACAUCAUGAAGAGGCUUCCACGGAACCCAAAGAUGGAUAAACUGGUGAACAACCGUCUCAUUGGCAUAGCCUAUGGACAGAUUGGGAUGAUCCAGGCUGUGGCCGGAUUCUUCACUUACUUUGUGAUCCUAGCCGAGAACGGGUUCAGGCCUGUGGAUCUGCUGGGCAUCCGCCUCAAGUGGGACAACAGAUUUGUGAAUGACCUGGAGGACAGCUAUGGACAGCAGUGGACCUACGAGCAGAGGAAGGUGGUGGAGUUCACAUGCCACACAGCCUUCUUCGUCAGCAUCGUGCUUGUGCAGUGGGCCGACCUCAUCAGCUGCAAGACCCGGCGCAACUCCGUCUUCCAGCAGGGCAUGAAAAACAAGGUCCUAAUAUUUGGGAUCGUGGAGGAAACGUUGCUGGCUGCAUUCCUAUCCUACACUCCAGGCAUGGACCGGGCCCUGCGGACGUACCCACUCAAGAUAGCCUGGUGGUUCUGUGUCACUCCCUACAGCAUUCUUAUCUUCGUCUAUGAUGAAAUCAGGAAACUCAUCAUCCGUCAACGGCCAGGUGGCUGGCUGGAGAGGGAGACGUACUACUAAACUCAACAGGAGAAGCACUUCACGUGGCAGGGGUGUCCUGAGUGCUGGGUGGGUUAGGGGAUUACGAGGGUAACACAACAUCUAAGAGAGGCAUGAGGACAAACUACCUGGGAUGAGAAGCAGGCACUCCUGAGGCUGGACCGAGGCGUCAGCGGCAGAAGGUGAGGUGGGUCGACAGGGGCCCAGCCUGUGUCUGGCUGAAGCCCAGGAAGGAGGGCCGUGGUCUUGCCGAAUCCAGUAGCCAGUCUAGAGAGUAAACGUUGGAAGAGCUCUCA